UACAGCUUUCCUUCCUGCGGAAGUAAAUCGUGUCCGUCCGUUGCUGCAGACCCACCCCGCGCUCCAUGUGAUGUGUAGUGUUUUCUCCCUCUGCUUUCCCCACUCGUCCGCUCCUGCUUCCCGCCGCCAUCGCCCAUGACGCCGGCGGCACCGGCAUCCGCCGCGGACGCGCUUGCGCAGAUCCUGCAGGACCUCCUGCCUUCGGUUCUGCUGGCCGCGGCGUCGGUCAGGGCGCUCCACUCGCGGUGGCGCGCGCUCCAGGCCUCCCUCCUCGCGUUGCAGUCCUCGCUCGUCUCCGCGCCCGCCUCCGCCCCGUCCCACCCGCUCUUCGCCGACCUGGUGGCCGCGCUUCUCCCAGCCCUCCGUUCCCUCCACGCGCUCUCUGUCCGGUGCCAGGACCCUGGGCUCCCCGGGGGGCGGCUGCGGCUACAGAGCGACCUUGACAUGGUGCCUGCGUCGGCGGCUCCGCACGCAGACAAGUCCCUCUUCGUCCGUGACGCCUUUGCCCGCCUCCAGAUCGGGUCGCUGGACCUGAAGCUAAAGGCGCUAGUGUCGCUGCUCGACCUGCUGGGUGACGACCCUACUGCGGAGGCCGCGCAGAUCGUCGCCACCGAAGGGGACGUUGCGGCGCUGCUCCGUUUGCUUGACGCGUCGUCCCACUCGGCGCUGCGGGACCGUGCGGUCACGGCCGUGGCCCACCUUGCGACCGCCUGCGCUGCGUCCCGGAGGGUGGUCUUCGACGAAGGCGGACUCGGCCCACUUCUGCGCGUGCUCGACUCAGGCUCACCGCCCGCCACGCGUGAGCGGUCUGCUGCGGCCAUUGUGGCCAUCACUGGUGAUGCCGGCAGCGCGUGGGCUCUAUCGGCUUAUGGUGGAUUGCCCAUCUUGAUUAAUGCUUGCCGUCCUGGGUCUGGAUCCCCCGCAUUGCAGGCAUUUGCCGUGGCGGCAAUUAAGAAUGUUUCUUCAGUCGAUGAUGUGCGCUCCACUCUGGUGGAGGAGAGUGGUUUGCCUGUUCUUGUUGACCUGCUUGCCAGUGGCACUGCUGAGACGCAGAAGAGUGCUGCUCUCUGCCUCUGGGCACUUGCUUCGAUGGGAGACCAUAAGACACAGAACCAGAUUGUGCAAGCAGGUGCAUUGUCGCCACUCCUACAAGCACUGCAUAUCGCCUCUGAUCAGGACCUCCAUGAUUCUGUACUGCGUGCUAUACACGCACUUACAUCAGCCCCUGCUGCCACCAGAAUCCUUUGUUCAUCGCCACUGUUCUUUGCACGACUUACAGACCUCAUAUGCAGCUCUGGUAGCUUCCUGUUGCAACAAAUGGCUGCUGAUAUGAUUGCUGAUCUUGCACCUACUGUGAGCGAUGACACAAAGAGGUGCAUGGCACCAUGCAUUGGUACACUGAUUAAGCUGAUGGAGGUGGCUAAGCCAGCAACAAUACAGGAGUCAGCUGGUCGUGCACUGCUUGCUCUGUUUACCUUGAAGUCUAAUAGGAAGGGUUUUGUCAGGGAUGAGAAGAGUUUAACAAUAUUUGUGCGGAUGCUUGAUCCCCGGUUUCAGGAGACUGAUAAGAAGUAUCCACUCUCGAUCUUUCUAGUUCUUGCCAUGGGUGGCGGGAACGGGACACGACGACGACUUGUUGAUGCUGGUUCUUGUCAGCAUCUACAGAAGCUGGCUGAUGCUGAUGUGCCUGGUGCAAAGAAGGCUUUGCAGAGGAUAUCUAACAAUCGUCUUAAAAGUUUGUUUUCCAUAGGAUGGCAAAACUAGUCCAUAUGCUGCACUGGGUUGAAGAGCAGCCCAAGACUGCAGAUGUGGAGAGCCUCUACCAAAUGACAGAAGAACGCUCAAGUAUUUGUUUGAGUAGGAGUUAUGAUAGUACAAGAACAUCAAGCGAGAGAGUUCUCAGUUUCUCUGCGGCUAAAGGUGGCCAGUAGAUGGUAUUAUUAAGUACAAGUAGUAUGUUAACAAGCUGGAAGCUUGGACGUGGCAUUUUAGGAAGCGUCUAAAAGCUUCUUUGGUUUGCUCCUUUCCGUUUUCCCUUGUAUUUUAGCUUUUUUUUUCUUUCUUUCUUCUGUUUUAUAAUUGUGGCUCUCACCAUCUACUUUGUGAAAAUUUGUUUGUGUUGAUUUGGAAUGAAGCAAGGAAUUGAUCUGUGUCA